CUUGGUCUCUCGUUUUAUAGAAAUGAUAAGUCUUUAUGAUAUUCAGACGCCUAUGAUAUUCAUCUUGAGUGGGACUUUUUCAGACUUCAUUCUCAUUACUACGACAUAGAAAAUGUCGUACUUUCUCCACAUCGACAGCAGGACGUAGACCCGGCAUCAUAUCCAGCAAUAGAUCAUAGUCUGACCACACCCGACACACAGAAUUCAAAUAAAUAAGCACCAACAUGUGACAUGAGAGAGAAGUGUUUUCUGGACAAACACGAUGAUGGGUUGGAAUCGGUCAAGGCAGCCUCCAUAGGUUCAUCCUCCGUUUCCCUGCUCCCAUCACUGGUUCCGAGUUCUGUGUCGUCCCUCAUCUCCUCCCUGUCUCCAAGUCGGGCUUUGGAAAAGGAGAACCGUCAACUUCGCCUGCAACGAGCCAAUACAAACGACUUUAAUGCUAUGCGCAUGGCGAACCUUGUCCGGGAAAGGAAUAUGGAUAGCCAAGCUUAUUAUAAGCGCGUUUCCUUCCUUCCACUGAAAAUCAGGCAGGUGACGUUUCUGAACGAAGAUUUGGGCGGGCACAACACCAAUAAGACCAUGAUGGGUAUGCCAGGACGAGGCAAGACCGGUGUCCACCUUAACACUGACCAGUGGAAAAAGGACAUUGACCGUCAGGUCCAUUCUUGGAUGAAAACCAAACCGGUUCAUGACAGUCAACGAGUCUCCCCGCGUCCAGUCAUUUCACCUACGUUUGAUGGAUCAAGGAAAAGGCGCCAAAAACGUCAUCGGUUGCGAGAUGCAGAAGACAUUAUGGAAACUACGGAGUCGGUAACAGGGGGAAGCGAGUCUAUGGUUUCUGUCAGUACGGAUUAUACCAAGCAGUCGAGUACCGACACAAAAACUUCACAGAACACAAUGGUCAGCAAGACGAACACUAAAGAUAGGAAAUUCAGUCGAUCUUCAGACGAUCUGCUGGAAACUCAGGAAAGACCUGGAAAGCAAAGUGCUUAUAAUGAAAUAGAAUAUCAAAAACGAUAUCGUAGGAUUUUUGACCUGAAGAAACAUCUUCAUUUUGUGAAUUCUACAUGUUUAUCGGGACAGAAUAUUCUGAAGAAAAACCAGCGUCUUCCGCCGAUGAAUGGUAGUACAAAAGAGGAAAUGGACCUCACGGCACCCGAUCUUCUAGCUAUAACUUCUGUACAAAAGCACAACGAGCCGGAAUCCGUGGUCCAGUUUCCUCCCCCGUCAUUAGUUACGACCACACAACUCACCACGCACAUCUCACCCACCAAGGGCCUGGAGGACAAUCAACCCGAUAAUAAUACCAGCAAUAAAAAUCAAAGUGCUAGCACACCGGAAACUGUGCAAUGGCAGCAUACGAAUCGGAAGCCAGAGCUCAAUGUUUACGACAAACUUCCUAGAAUCACAGGGAAGGGUCAAAAGCGUCCAGGUGCAGAACAACAAUUGACAUUGUCGGAUUAUCGUGUUUUACGAGAAAAUGAAAUUCGAAAUAGACGGAACAAAAAACGUGGUUCAAAUUUUCAUAAUGAACGCAAACAUAGUACAAUUGAAGAGGCAGACUCAGCGUGCAAUACCCACAGAACAGACUUUGAUGGUGAGGCAGAGGCGCGGCUCUUAGGAGGGAGGGCGGGGUCUCCAGAAAACGUGGGGGCGGGGCAAGACUCAAAUAGAAACGGCGAACAAGUUGAGGGUGAGGAGGAGGAAAAUGAGGAUGAUCAGGCGAUGGAUCAGUACGAACAGACACCCGGAAUGAAAAUCCGUAUUCAUAUAAAAUAUAAACGUGAUCAUCUUGAUGACGUCACAGAGGACAGUACAGACACUGAGGAUAUUGACGUUAUGAACACGACGGCACCGAAUCAUAGAGUGGGAGGCCGAAUACCGGUCAAACAUAGAACGCAAACUAAAAGGAAAAGUGUAAGACAGGUUUCAGAGUGACCACAACUUGGUGAUAAGUGCAUGAACGUUCGUUUUGGUAUACAUGUUGCUCUCGUUGCAUGUCGGUUUCUUGGCACAUUUGUAUCAUUAUCAUAUUCAUUACAUGUACGUAUAGAAUAAGAUUGUGGUGAAACCGUAAUCACAAUAUGAAGUAAUUAAGCAGUAUACACUCCAUGUUAUUGAUAUAUCGGGAAUAUAAUGGUUAAACAGUUCAAACAACUUUCCUUAAGGUGGCGUGUCCUAGCGUUUUACUAUAUCUCCAGCGAAAGAAGAGUUCUUUUUCUGCAUGGCAUUUUUUAAACCUUGAUUUGUUUCCCAUAUACCAAAACGUGUUCACAAUAAAUUCUAAAUUUCACAAAGGCAGAAAAGUAUAUCUUAUGCCAGCAUGGGAUUAGAUCAGGCCCCGGCGUCAUAAAUGUUCCUUAACUUCAUUAUGAUAUUCUUUGAUUUAACAUUUUCCAAAGGAAAACAUUACCUAAUUUAAGGAAGAAACCUCUUUAAAUUAUAUUAUGAAAUGUCCUUAAAUUAAGGAAUAGUAAGGAAUAUUGAUGAAAUUGGACCAGAUGCUUUUUAAUCUUACAGCAACGACAUAACUGAUCCUGAAAGUUAUUGCUGUUCUUAAACUUUUCUGCAACAGCCUUGGGGAAAAAAAUCAAAAACUUUUAUCUCAGUUAAAGUGUUUUUCUAAAGUGAAUACAGCAGUGAAAUAAUAAAAUAAGCAAACAGGGAAAUGAUUUUCGAAGGUCUAUACAGCGAGAAAGUGAUGGGACACUCUACCUUAAAGUUCAAAAGUUGCAAUCAGAGUCCGAAAGACUUGUUACAUUCCGAAAGCUUGAUUGAUUAAAUUUUAGAAAUUUCAUCAUACUCCAAAAAACUUGAAAUUCGAGAAGAUUGCCCGGAUUUGGUGCAUUUAGAAAGUACUCUUUUUUUUGUUUGUUUUUUACUCGUCUUAAUUUGUUAUAUUUCCACUUUUCACUUAUAAUGACGACAUCGCAAUUCUUUAUGGAGAUGGUCCCGCUAAUAAUGACAGAAUGAAGAUCAUUACAUUGUUUAUCAUGUUCUACGUACAAAUAAUUGGCUCCCAAAAAGCUGAUACUUUGCAGUAUCUUCAAAAGUAAAUUUUACCCGUUUCUUUAUUUCUACAGAUGAGAUAUCCAUAUCUAAGGAGAGCAUUUAAAACUUUGUAUGUACAUGCUUUUCUGAAUUAAAUUAUUUUAUUUUAUUUUCUACACGAAGAAAAAUAUUUCAAAUUCAAAUCAUUACACUUUUAAUUAAAAUAUCCCAAAGUACUCCGACAUAUUUCUCCUAAAAGACGUCUCACACAUCGACAGAUUGUUGUUAAAGUAAGCAAAACAGCUUGAAAUGAAACCACAUAUGAUUUGAUUCCACUCUGAGAGUAUCUUGGACUAUAUUUUUUUCACACGUGCUAACUUUUCAAUUAAGAAAUGAAAUUGAAACAAAUUAUGAACGUACGGUGAAUGUAUCAUAAUAUUAGUUUCUUGACACAAAAAUAUCAAAUUCGCGAUAUUUUAAAUGUAUUUAUUUCCAUGAAUGUUUAAUUGCUUUUUAUUCGGGUUUCCUCUUGUCACACCCCAGUCAACCGUAACCUGUCCGCUCCACUGAAUAUACUACAUGUGCCCAUAGUACUUAAACGUCGUUUUGUCCAUAUUAAAUAAAUACACAACUUUAUGCAGGAUAUUAUGUUCGUCAAUGGUCAAUGUAUUUUCUAUAAAAAUGUCGAAGACAAUCGUUCAUAUGACAAGUUCGACAAUAAAAAUCAUAUACAAAUUCA